GGGCAGCAGCCUCGUGUUGGCUGGACCCCUCAAGCUGGUCAGAGCGGUUCUGCAGCCUUCUCCUACCCCUUUCUACAUAUCCUUAGGGGUAAACCCAGCCUAAGGACUUCCAUUGAUACCUUACUGGCCAUCUCUGUCUUCCAGGGAUGUGGAAAAGAUGAGCUGAAGAAUUGCAAGAGAAACAAAGACAACUUUACAUUCCAAGAGGCGUGCCAGUGCAUGGCUAUUUUUAGUCCCUGGCAUCAGUCAGGACAUACUUGUUGGAUAUCAGGUGUGUUGAAUGUGGCACACGGUCACGGUGAUAUGCAGCAGGCUCUCAGCUGACCUCUCCCGACCUUGUAGGAAUACCCUUGCAUCUGUGAGACUCCAGUAAAUGCUUUUCAGAUUCCUUUCCAUUUCAAGAAGAGAAGCCAAGGUAUUUUUACGCAGAGGAGGAAUGAUGUAGUUUCAUCCUAACCUUCUUUUCUUAUACUUACAGGUCCCCUAUUGUGGUCUGCUGCACGUCUGGGAGACUAUGAUGGGAAUGAGUGUGAAAAGCUGGAGGUCUCACCUAACUCGUUGCUCCGGCCUGGAAGAUCAUCCUUUAGAAAUAGGAAAAGUGCUCCACGCGGUGGCUGACUUCAAGGGACCAGACACAUUGUAGAAAGAAAUGGAUGAAAGCAGCUUGGGGGCUCCAGACACACGCUCCCUGCAGUCUAGUCCAGGGAAGCCCUUCUGAGGCGCCCUGGCAUUCUGGAAUGUCGCCAGGUCUGGACGCAUGGCCAAUUCCUGAGUGAUGAUGGUUCGCCGGGGGUUGCUUGCGUGGGUGUCUCGAGUAGUGCUUUUGCUGGUGCUGCUCUGCUGCGCCGUCUCCGUCCUCUACAUGCUGGCCUGCACUCCGAAGGGCGACGAGGAGCAGCUGGGGCUGCCCAGGGCUAACGGCCCCACGGGCAAGGAGGGGUACCAAGCCGCGCUGCAGGAGUGGGAGGAACAGCAUCGCAACUACAUCAGCAGUCUCAAGAGGCAGAUUGCGCAGCUCAAGGAGGAGCUGCAGGAGAGGAGCGAGCGGCUCAAGAAUGCGCAGAAUCACCCCAGCGACGCUGUGGGCCUGGGGCUGGAUCAGGGCCCCCCAGAGAAAACGCAGGCGGACCUUCUGGCCUUCCUGCACUCCCAGGUGGACAAGGCGGAGGUGCACACCGGCGUCAAGCUGGCCACCGAGUAUGCUGCUGUGCCUUUCGAUAGCUUCACUCUGCAGAAGGUGUACCAGCUGGAGACGGGCCUGACCCGCCACCCCGAAGAGAAACCCGUGAGGAAAGACAAGCGGGAUGAACUGGUGGAAGCCAUUGAAUCGGCCGUGGAGACCCUGAACGGCCCUGCGGACGGCAGCCCCAGUCGGCGCCCCUACUCGGCCUCGGAUUUCAUAGAAGGGAUCUACCGCACCGAAAGGGAUAAAGGCACUCUGUAUGAGCUCACCUUCAAAGGGGAGCAGAAGCACGAAUUCAGACGACUUGUGUUGUUUCGACCAUUUGGCCCUAUCAUGAAAGUAAAACAAGAAAAGCUCAACAUGGCCAACACACUCAUCAACGUUAUCGUGCCACUGGCAAAGAGGGCGGACAAGUUCCGGCAGUUCAUGCAGAAUUUCAGGGAGAUGUGCAUCCAACAGGAUGGGAGAAUUCAUCUCACAGUUGUUUACUUUGGGAAGGAAGAAAUGAAUGAGGUCAAAGGAAUACUUGAAAACACUUCCAGAGCUGCCAACUUCAGGAACUUUACCUUCAUCCAACUGAAUGGAGAGUUUUCUCGAGGAAAGGGACUUGAUGUUGGAGCCCGCUUCUGGAAAGGAAGCAACGUCCUUCUCUUUUUCUGUGACGUUGAUAUCUACUUCACCUCCGAAUUCCUCAAUACAUGCAGGCUGAACACACAGCCAGGGAAGAAGGUAUUUUAUCCAGUCCUUUUUAGUCAGUACAAUCCUGGCAUAAUAUAUGGCCAUCAUGAUGCGGUCCCUCCCCUAGAACAGCAGCUGGUCAUAAAGAAGGAGACUGGAUUUUGGAGAGACUUUGGAUUUGGGAUGACCUGCCAGUAUCGGUCAGACUUCCUCAAUAUAGGUGGCUUUGAUUUGGACAUCAAAGGCUGGGGUGGAGAGGAUGUGCACCUUUAUCGCAAGUAUCUCCACAGCAACCUCAUAGUGGUGCGGACGCCGGUGCGGGGACUCUUCCACCUCUGGCAUGAGAAGCACUGUGUGGAUGAACUGACCCCUGAGCAGUACAAGAUGUGCAUGCAGUCCAAGGCCAUGAACGAGGCAUCCCAUGGGCAGUUGGGGAUGCUGGUCUUCAGGCAUGAGAUCGAGGCUCACCUUCGCAAACAGAAACAGAAGACAAGUAGCAAAAAAACAUGAACUCCCAGGGAUAGAUUUGGGGAGAUGGUUUAUUUUUUCCCUUUUGUGAUUACUGAAUAAGUGGCUGUGACAAGGAAAAGAUUUCCAUAAAGGGCAAAAAAAAGAAAUCAACUGAUUAGUAAAAGCGACGAGGGGGAGAGCCUCCAAUUUCUCUCUGCCUGUUUGGCUUUACGCAACAGGAAUUAAAAUCUUUGCCUGCAAAAGUAGCCCAAAUGCAUCCCAUGUAGUGUCUGACAAAGGCAGAAUGAUUGUGAGAUUAUAAGCCUAAUGGCAUGGAGGUUCUGAUUGUGUGUACAGCAAAGUGAGAGCUGUUAUCUUUUGUGCUCAUUGAAAUAUUCAUGAAUUGAGACCAGUUUUGUAAAAAGUUCUUGGGAAUGAAAGGCAAGCACAUGUCUCCCCAUAUGAACGAUUAUAUUGGUAGAGCUGUAGUGCCCAGGAAUGCUAAAAUAUCAGAAGACAGGUGAGGAGACUUCGUGAUACUCAAAGAUACACCCAUGGCGAUCCUUGUGAGUAUAUUAAACAAAACCAAAUGGACUCAAAAAGGAAAAAAAAAAAAGAAACUAUUGUACCAUUUCCACCCAAGAUUAACCAAAAAUAAUAUAUCUUUUUUAUCAUAGUUUUAACCAUCUCCAUUUCUCAAUUUUAUUUAAAAAUGCACUUUUUUGGCUUAUGAGUUAUAUUCUGCUUAUUUAAUUACCAACUUGCAAGCCUUACUAAGAGAGCACAAGUUAGCAUACAUUUUUAUAUCUUUUAAGAAAAUACUUUUAGGUAUAUUAUGAGAACUUUUCGUUCAGAUUGAUCCCCAUAUCCAAGGACAUGCCAAAUGCUGAUCCCGUCAGACACCGAAUGUCAGAUCUUUGGUCAUAUGGAAGUCAUGGUGUGGGGCUACUGAUACAUCAAGACAUAUAGAUACUUUAUCUGAAGAAUAUUUCCCAAGGGGAGCAACCGAACACUGGAGGGAAAGAAAGAUAUACUUUUUACCUUAGCAGAAAAGGAAAACUCAUUCAGACUGGUAAUAUCUUGAUUUAUUCAGAAGUCAAAAAAUACAUUUUAUCCUCAGGAGAACUGGGGAUCACUUUCUUACCUGUUUAAAUAAACCAAAGUAUACUGUGUGAACCAAACAAUCUCUUUUCAAAGCAGGGUGCUCUUCCUGGCCGCUGGCUUUCAUGAGAAGAAAUGCAGACAAAUGUAUUUUGUGAAAGAUCACUCCAUCUGCCAGAGUCAAGUGAGAUGUAAGACUUUGCUACAUGUUCACCUACCCCCACCUAGGGAAGUAACUAUUUUUUAAAUGACGCAGUUCUACUGAGUCACUAAGAUACUUCUGAAAAUGGCAUUUUAUUACAGUUUCCAACUAUUUAAAAAAAUAAAUACAGUUAACAUUGAGUGAUUUCUACAUUCAUGUGAAAAUUAUUUAUUAGCCAGCACCAGAUGCAUGAGCUAAUUAUCUGUGAUUCCUUGCCUUCUGUUUGCCCCCAGUCAACUCAUUGUUUAAAAGCUUCAGGAACAUUCAAGCUGUUGGUGUGUUAAAAAAAAAAAAAAAAAAAAAAAAAAAAACAAAGAGAAAGAAAAAAAUGCAUUAUAUUGAUUUGUACUGGUAGUUCAUAAAUUUUAAU